AUCCUCUGAAAUGCGUUCUCUUGUCCAUAAACGAGUUCAUACCCAAAUCUCUUACAAUUGUUAUAAAUGUAUAUCAACUCCAGCUGCCAUUGAACCCCCAUCCAUUUGCAGCGUAGAAAAUGAUGAAACAAAUCCAACUUUCUCUAAUCCUUCUAGCCUUUUCAUCGAUGACAGAAGAUCAAUACUCUCUACUAUCAAAAGCCCCAAACUUUUGCAUGCCCAUUUGCUCAGAUCAUCAAAACUUCAAUCCGAUAUCACUGUUAUAAAUCUUUUGCUUGAUGGGUACUGCAAAUGUGGUUCAAUGGAAGAAGCUGUCAAACUGUUUGGUGAAAUGCCCGAACCAACCGUAACUUCAUGGAAUACUAUGAUCCAUGGGUUCAAUUACAACAGGUUGUUUGAGAGUUCUUGGUUAUGGUUUCGAAACAUGUGGCUGUCGGGUUCGGAACCCGAUGAGAUUAGUUAUAGAAGGGUGCUUUCGGCUUGUGUUGCUAUGCAAAGUACUACGUUCGGCAAGCAGGUUUAUUCAGUUACGAUGAAAAAUGGGUUCUUUUCGAAUGGAUACGUUCGUACUGGAAUUAUUGAUUUAUUUUCAAAAUGUCGUGCCUUUCGGGAUGCGUUGAGGGUGUUUUAUGACGUAUCGACUUGUGAGAAUGUGGUAUGUUGGAAUGCUAUUAUAUCUGCAGCUGUUAAGAACGAAGAAAAUUGGGUUGCUUUGGAUCUUCUUGUUCAAAUGAGAAAGCGGUUUUUGAUGCCUAACAGGUUUACCUUCUCGAGUGUUUUGACAGCUUGUGCUGCACUUAAUGAGGUUGAGAUCGGAAAAGAAGUUCACGGGUGGAUCGUUAAAUGUGGCGCCGAAGAUGUCUUUGUCGGAACUGCCUUGAUUGACUUGUAUGUCAAGUGUGGAGACAUGGGUGAAGCUGUGAAUUCAUUCUCAUGGAUGCCUAUGCUAAAUGUUGCUUCUUGGACUGCUAUAAUUUCUGGAUUUGUGCAGACAGAUGAUUGUGUCAAUGCCCUUGAACUUUUUAAAGAAAUGAGAGACGUAAAUGUGGAAAUAAACAGCUAUACAGCUACUGCUGUUAUUUCUGCCUGUGCUAAACUAAACAUGAUCGAAGAGGCUAUGCAAAUCCAUUCGUGGAUUAUAAAGAGUGGAUUUUUUAUGCAUUCAGUAAUACAAGCUGCUUUGGUCAACAUGUAUUCGAAAAUAGGAUUCAGUAAUAUGGCUGACAUAGUGUACAAAGAGAUGGAAAGCAUGAGGAUUCCAGCAGAUACAUUAGCUGUGUUGAUUUCUUCUUUUGCUCAGAAACAGAGUUCUCAACAAGUAAUUGAAUUAUUAAGGAGACUGUUAAAGGACGGCGCAAGACCAGAUAAGUCUUGUACUUCUAGUGUCAUAAGUGUGAUAGAAUGUAUAAAACUGGGGAGGCAGAUGCACUGUUACACUCUUAAAACCGGGUUGAUCUUCGAUCUUUCUGUGGAGACUUCUCUUUUCACAAUGUACUCGAAAUGUGGUAGUUUAGAAGACUCAUUAAAGGUAUUUCAGAGUAUGCCUGUCCAUGACAAUAUUUCAUGGGCUUCAAUGAUUGCUGGGUUUACAGAACAUGGUUAUGCAGAAGAAGCUGUUCAGAUGUUCAAAGACAUGAAAUCUGAGGGCAUCAGACCUGAUAAAAUAACUCUAUCUGCAAUUCUUUCUGCAUGCUCGUCUCUUUAUUCUCUGCGAAAAGGCAUGGAAAUUCAUGGGUAUGCAAUCUGUGCAGGUCUCGGCAAUGAAGCACUUAUUUGUAGCACACUUAUAACUGUAUACGCAAAAUGCAGAGCACUACGAUUAGCAAGAAAGGUAUUUGACAUGCUUGUCCCAAAAGAUCUUGUAUCGUACUCGUCCUUGAUUUCGGGGUAUGCCCAAAGUGGUUUAGUUCAAGAUGCAGUGUUGCUUUUUCGUGCAAUGAUGAAGUCUAAUUUGGCAGUAAACUCAUAUAUACUUUCACCUGUCCUUAGGGCUUGUGCAUUUCCAGAUGAAUCAGGCAUUGGGACUCAACUGCAUUCACUUGCCGUAAAAGUAGGCUUAGUUUCAGAAGUUUCUGUUGGAAGUUCACUUGCUACAAUGUACUCUGAAUGUGGGAGCAUUAAAGAUUGUGAAAAUGUAUUCAACGAGAUCAAUAAACCUGAUUUGGUAGGUUGGACAGCUAUUAUAUCAAGCUAUGCUCAGCAUGGAAAAGGUUUAGAGGCCUUAAGAAUCUUUGAGCUCAUGAAGAAAGAAGGAAUCAGCCCUGACUCAAUAACUUUCGUUAAGGUUUUAUCUGCCUGCAGUCAUAGUGGGCUUACUGAAGAAGGUUACUACUAUCUAAACUCAAUGGCCAAAGACUACGGAAUUCAACCUAAUUACCGACACCAUGCCUGCAUGGUUGAUAUUCUUGGUCGGUCUGGGAAACUGAGAGAGGCUGAAGAGUUUUUAAACAAUAUGCCUACUGAACCUGAUGCCUUCAUUUGGGGAACUCUACUUGCUGCUUGUAAAGUACAUAGAAAUGUUGAACUCGGAAGGUUGGCAGCAAAGAAGCUCAUCGAGUUACAACCUUGUAACGCUGGAGCUUAUGUUUCCUUAUCUAAUAUCUGUGCUGACAUAGGUCAGUGGGAAGGAGUCCUAGAGAUCAGAAGCCUGAUGGAGGGAAGUGGAGCGAGGAAGGAAACCGGUCGGAGUUCUAUCUAAUAUCUGUGCUGACAUAGGUCAGUGGGAAGGAGUUGUAGAGAUCAGAAGCCUGACGGAGGGAAGUGGGGUGAGGAAGG